AUUCCAUAUGUCGACGCAGGAUAGCAUCUUUGCAGAUGCGCCUGCCGGGCCUACAGGCCGGCGUAGAGGCCGCCGUCGCGAGGGUGCCGAGGCGGCAGCGGCGGGGGCGGCGGCUGUUCUUGGCGAGGCUGGCGGGAAGCGGCCUGGUGCCCCGUCCACGGGCUGGGGGCAGAACGAGCCGCUGCGCAAGCGCGGAAAUGUCGAUGCCUUGUUUGGCUCGCGGGCUGCGAACGAGGACGUGGCGUUUGGGGCUGCGGUGGAAGAGGAGAGCGUGUCGACGGAUGAUGGAGUUGCGAUUCCGGAUCUAGAGGAUGUACAGCGGGAGGAGCGGAUGGGCGCGCUGGCGCAGGCGCCGACCAUGGCGGCGGCGCCGGUGCAGAGCAUCGACGAGCUGGACCUGCAUGCCGGCAAGCUCUCGCACGUGGCUAUUCCCGACCCGGACCUGGAUCUGUCGCUGCUGACAGACGCACUGAUGCCGCUAGAGGCGGUGCAGGAUCCGGAAGCGGCGUGGGACUGGGCCUCGCUCUUCCGUCAUGUCUCCAACGAGAUCUCGCAAGAAGCAGCGCACAAGGCGGGAGCCGCGGCUCGCGCGGCGGCCAGCACCGAUGAAGGCGUAUCUGCGCUGGCAGCCGGAACGUCGGACGGCAACAUGUUUGCGCUCGAGUAAAAAGGCGUACUUAUA